AUGUCGACAACCGCACCACAACACGCCCUCGGCCCAGAUCCCGCAUUGUCACAGCACUCCGCCGGUGAAUUGAACCCAGCGCAACCUCCGCCAUCCGACCAUGAUACGUCGGCCAUCGAGCCAUCGUCCACCGCGGGCCCUCAGAACAACUUGACGGCCUUCCCUGCACAGCCCAAGAAAAAGCGUUCACUGCUACGUGUGACCUCCCGCUCGUCCUCAAGGGGCAGCAAAAAUCAAUCUUCGGAAAUGACGACCGACACGGUGCAGGAUGAGUCGGUGACAAUGGCGAAUUCGCGCACCAAUCUCACCAAGAGGCGAAGGGAUCCUAGCGAGUCCAGCAGUCGCCGGUCGCAACGGAACGAGCAAGAGAAGAGCCAGCAUGCGAGGAAGGACCAGCCCGAGGAGCCAAGCUACGCCAGGGUUGAACGGAAGCCAAAAGCGCCGUCAAGGUUUUUCGCCAUCUUGAACUGCUGCAGCUCUUCUGUGCCAGACAACGAGGAACCCGACCUUCCUGCGAAAAAGGCUGAGCCCAGACAGCCGUCCUCCCUGCGGCAGCCGACCAUACCAACUGCAGCAGAACCGACGCCAGCAGAGUCAAAACAUGAUCACGAAACCCUCGAUGAGAAGCCAGAAGACCUCCAAAUCGCCCAACCAACAGAGGAUGCCAUUCCUACUGUACAACCAGUUCCUGUCAAGUCGGAUUCGACAGAGGAGAUCUCCGCGCCGCGCCGUGAACCAUCUUUGCAAUUCGCCGCGGUGCCGGAUGUGGCACCGUCGUCGGCGGAUGACAAGAAAGAUGAAAGCGAGGAUGCGAUCGAAGAUGAACCCUUAAAUCAUGCGACGACGGAAGAGCUGCAUGGUAACCAUGAUGUCCCCAUGCCUGAUGCACCCGCCGUUGCGGAACCAGAAGAGCAACAGAAGCUAAAAACACCAGAGGUCGUCGUUCCUCCCCAACCACAACCCCCCGAGCUUCCUCUCCCGGGACCACCUCCAACGCCUGCAAAACCGGGCGCGUGGUUACUUCCUCCACCGCUGCCACAUUUACGGGGACGAAAAUGCCUGGUGCUUGACUUGGACGAGACCCUUGUGCACAGUAGCUUCAAGGUUCUUGAACGAGCGGACUUCACAAUUCCAGUAGAAAUAGAAGGUCAAUGGCACAACAUCUACGUGAUCAAACGGCCAGGCGUCGACCAAUUCAUGAAGCGAGUGGGCGAGCUCUACGAGGUUGUUGUGUUUACGGCAUCGGUUUCGAAAUACGGAGAUCCCUUGCUAGAUCAAUUGGAUAUUCACAAUGUCGUCCAUCACCGUCUGUUCAGAGACAGCUGUUACAACCAUCAGGGCAAUUAUGUCAAGGAUUUGUCACAAGUUGGACGCGACCUUCGAGAAACGAUCAUUAUUGAUAACUCACCUACAUCGUAUAUAUUCCACCCUCAACACGCUAUACCGAUUAGCAGCUGGUUUUCGGAUGCACACGACAACGAACUUCUCGAUUUGAUCCCUGUUCUCGAAGACCUUGCCGGUGCCCAAGUUCAAGAUGUGAGCCUGGUGCUUGAUAUUGCAUUAUAA